AUGGGCGGCGGCGGCGGUGGCGGCGGCGGGGGUGGCGGUAGCACCUUGGGCGGCGGCACCCUGGGCCACGGCACCGCGAUGAGCAGCAGCACGGUCGGCAUGGGCCCUCUCCCCGGCACCCUGAUGCACGGCGCCUCCGGCGGAGGAGGUGGAAAUCCUGGCAAUGUCUACGGCAACGGCAACAACGGAACGAUGGGCGGCCAGAACACCGCUCCGGGCUCCGUGAUCGACUCGCGGGCCGUGUCCGUGGUGGUCACCCUGCCCGGCGGCCCGGGUGCCCAGCAUCCGGGCCAGGCGCUCAGCGACUACGGUCCCAUAUAG